AUGUUACUGGUAUGCAGUAAAAGUUCUUCCAGUUUGUACAUCAAGAUUGUUAAUCACCACCCGCCCAAAUUAGUUAAACUGCUGGCUAAAUCAGAUCGAAUAGCACUGAGAUUUUUGACACCGUUGGUGACAGCAGGAACGUUAUACCAGCACAGCUAUUGGGGCGUGGCGAUACCGGCCCUCAUCCCACCAGUGGUUGACACCUUCUACAGUCCUAUCCCGACUGAAGAUUGGAAUUGGUAUCUGCUAAUCAAUGCUAUAGUUAUAGUUUGCUUUCUCAUCAUGUAUCAAGCUUCGAAUACCAUAUGCCACAUUCUCUGCAUCGUCAUACAAAGAUAUUUCCUUGAAGAUGAUGUUCAUUGCGACCGACCUAUUUUCAUUCUUGGUGAAAUCCUUUGCUGUGGCCUUUCAAUAAUGGGGUGUUUAUAAUAACCCCCAUAAGUAAUAAUGAAAAAAUUAUACCAAAUUUAUCAAGUAAGCUUUAACAGUUCCGGAACAGGCAAAAAAUAAAUAAACCAAAUAAACGCCUAAAUAUUUAAUGAA